AUGUCCUCGCGGGCAUUUCAAAGCCUGCGACAUACGACUCGACCCCCACGCGCGACCCUGUCCUCGUCCACGCAGGAUGUCGACAAAGACUUCCCCGACAGUUUUGAAGAGGCGAAGAAGACGUUGAAUAUUCGAUACUUCGAACAAGAAUCCGACGGCAACAUUCAAGAACUUCAGAACUCUGAAGACUUUGCGCGCUCCUCGACGGGACCGAGCUCUAUCAGCAAGAUUUGGAGAAUGACCUCGAAAGUGUUCCGGAAGGAGGCCCAGCGCAGGUUAAUCCGGAAGCUGAAUACGGCCCUCGAGCGCGCGGACAAGGUGCAACCUCGGGAAACUGCUGCUUCCAAAAGAGCGCUAGUUUCCCUCUGGAAGACGUACGUGGCGGCGCGCCAGACACUGGCGCUUAGCUGGAACGCCGUCCCUCGCGGCGCGUGGGAUCUCCUGUGGCGAUUAUUCUCUCUUGACGAUCCUGUUGGCAACCCAAACCGAUUAUCGCACGUGGCAACGUUAUCCAAGGAUAUGAGCUCCGCGGGCGUGGACUUGACCGCCUCUCAGCAGGUGCUUACCAUCGAGUCGCUCUUUGUUGCCAACUGGGAGAAUGACGCAAUCAAGAAUUGGAAGAGGUGUCUUCCGACGCUUGGCGCUGAGGGCUCGGCCUCUUUCCAACAGUUUUGGGAACUUGGUGCGCGCAUGUUCUGCGAGACCGGCGACAUAAGCCAGGCCACUCGCGCCGUAGAGAAACUGAUCAGCGCCAACUCGGAUCCGCGCAUCCUCAUGACGCUGGUCCGUACGCAUUCCCGGGCGGGGACGGAUGAAGGAUGUACCAAGGCCUGGGAGGCUUACGGCCGUUUGCGGACUCUACUGGGCGGGCGGAUGACGCUCGAGGACUAUGACCAAGUAAUCUCGCACUUUCUAGCGGCGAACCAAAUCGAGAAUGCCCUCCACGCUUUCGUCGACAUGAUGACUUCUGGUACCACGAUUCUUAAGAAGCAAAAGCGUCUACCACCCACCAUCGGCAACAAGUUCUUUUUCGGAAAGUGGCUGAAGCGGCUGAUCGGCGCCGGUGAGCUCGACGGCGCCUACAGCGUCAUCAAAUUCAUGUUGGAGAAGCACGUCCAGCCCGCUCCCAUCCACGUCAAUGGUCUCAUUGGCGCCUGGCAGCGAGCUGGCGGAGAAAGGGACCUCGAAUACGCCGACGCUGUUGCGUGGAAGAUGAUUGAAUCCCGCAUCCAGUUCGUGCGGGAGAGGCAGAGGGGGCAAGGCCGCACGAGACGCCUCGGCGCCUACACCCUGGCCGCGAGCGACUUCGGAGACGCGUUCAAUGAGGCGGAAAUCAACCACGACGCUUUCAUGAUGAACCAGCUGCUCGAGUCGUAUCUCCAGUACGACCGGGUCGACGAGGGCAUGGAGCUCUACCAGUCCCUAGUCUCAGAAGGCCAUGUGAAGCCGAACCCCACACAUCAUUAUUACGACGAGAUGGAGAACGCGCGCAACACCUUUCACGAGAUGAUGCAGUUUGUCGACGUCUUCAAGGAGCCCAUUGACGGCCAGCUGGCGCGCAAAAUUCUCCACACCUUUCGCCGCCUACACGACAACCACGGCUUCCUCGCGGCCUUGACAUCGUUGAGGAACACGUACGGCUUCGUACCCACGGAGCUCCUGGUGCUCGAGCUCGUGGUUGGCACGACGAACCUGGCCUGGGACACGCCGCGGGCCAGGCAGCAGCUCCGCACGGAGAAGAAGCGCAUGGACCUCGACAUCAUGCACCGGAGGGAGGCGCUGGGGCGGUUCUCCGGGUCGGCAAACGAGAUGGAGCAGAUGUCGACUGAGGAGAGGGGAGAGGAAUUGUACGAGUACCUAGUCAGGGUUUAUACGCCCGUGAGAUCGGAGGAGGACCAGGAGUUUAUCGACGAUACCCAUCUUUUGGAGGAAGCCGCCCAACAGAUGGGCGUGUAUAACGAGGCUGCGGCUGACGAAUAG